CCGCCCUGGGAGGUUAGUGACCACAUCAUGGGUAACUUCUUGGCUUCACACUGUUCACAGCUCAGCAACCCACGCCGCACGCCUGCAGGCUCCGAGUCCGGACAGGAGGCUUUGUCGUGGCAGGGCCCUCAGGCCUUAGGGCUCGCAUAGUGAGCGUAUCACGAUAUGUGUUUAAUCGUAACUGUCAUGGCUCGCCACUUUGCACACCGGUGUAUGGGAUACACCGUGACAUGGACAGGGGACAUGUAAACUUGGACGACCGGUUCCCAUCGCGCCAAGCCCGUCUUCUCCGGUAAUAGUGUUUCGCGAGCCCAGCGUCUACAUGACGCAUGGGGUCUUUAUAACGAGGUACAAGGAAUAUUACGCCCAAAUUAAAUUCCUUCCCCCCAUCAAAACGUCCUUUCUAGUGUAGUCCAUGGCAGAGCGUAGGGUUGCCCAUACUCGAGCAAGCUCCAGCAUCACAGGCAGUCCAAUCAUCCAUCAGGAAUGUACUGGGCACCACUCACCGAUUCCAGUCUCAUCCACAGACUUCGGUUCAGUUGAUCCUGAUAUCGAGACAGGCCCCAAUGGCAAACCUCGGCUCAAAACCACCUGGCACCGCUUCCUUGGACGGGGGAGGAAGAAGGUCGGCGUCAUAAAGAGCAUCAAAAACAUAUAUGGAUGUUCAUGGAUCAAUCUACUACUCCUGCUGACGCCGGUAGCAUGGUGGGCACAUUUCGAUGGACGUCUGAGUUACACCGUUGUCUUUGCACUGUGUUUCUUGUCAAUUAUCCCGCACGAGUGCUUGUUCGACUACUGCGGUGAACAGAUGGCUCUGUAUUGUGGCAAGGAUUUUGGUGACUUGAUCACGAUCACUUUGAACAAUGCGGUUGAGGCGACCCUCGCUAUCAUGUUGCUGCUCAAGUGCGAGCUCAAGCUGCUGCAAUCGACCAUUACUGGUGUGGUCCUAUUGCACCUCCUCCUUGUUCCUGGUGCCGCUUUUCUGACAGGCGGUGCUCGAAUUUGGGAACAGGACCUGCAUCCUAUGCACACACAACUCAACCAUACCUUGCUUACUGUUGGGGUGUUGGCCUUGUUAUUGCCUGCUUCAUUCUAUGCAGCUAUAAGUGGUAGUACCUCUACGCCGGUAUUGUCUGACGGCGAUCUCCCGGUCCUUGGUACCACCACUCAAACCGAUUUUUUGCGCAUGAGCAGAGGGCUUGCGGUGAUGCUCCUUCUUAUAUACAUAUGUUCGCGCAUUUUCUAUCACAAUCCUCCUGGUGCUGGAAACACUUCGAUGAACCAUGCUUUGACACCCGACGAGCUCAAGAAACUCGAGGAAGAACUAGAGCGCAAGGAGCCCGAGGUUAGUCAAUGGGUUUGCAUCUUCUUCCUAAUCAUCAACAUUGCGGUCGUGGCUGUGACCUCGGAGUGGUUGGUGGACAGCAUCGAGCCUGUGAGGCAUAUAUCCGGCAUCACGACGGAGUUUUUUGGCUUGGUCGUCUUGCCCUGCGUUGCCUUCUCGGCAGAUGGUGCUGUUGCAGCAGGCUACUUUUUACAGAAGGCCCUUCGCCGGGUAUGGUCCAAGACCAAUGAUCCCGACCCACCCAAUACUCUGGCCAAAGCUGAAGCCAUUGACUUGAGCAUUCAGUUCGUCUUGCUCUGGAUGCCGUUCCUAACUCUGCUUGGCUGGUGGACCGGAAAGCCUUUCAACUUGCUAUUUGAUUUCUUUGAAGUCGCACUACUUCUAGGGGCCUGCUUCCUUGUCAAUUUCGUGACUGCCGACAGUAAAACAAACUGGGCGGAGGGAUUCAUUUUGUUGACAUUUUAUGCCAUGAUGGUGCUUUGUACUUGGUACUACACGGGAGAAUCUGAUGUGAGCAGUUUAGUGCUUUGUCCGGGACAGUCUGCCACUGUGGAGGGUGGAUGAAAUCUGCGUUUCAAACCCACAUGCGCAUUCUUCACCCAUUACCAUAUCCCAAAUCACGCCCCAUAUACCAUGGUGUCAUGUCCUUCUUUUCAAAUUGUAGUGUACGAUCUGUUACCCAAGUCUAAAAUGGCUGCUGUUGUCACAAUAUGCAUAAUUUUUCCGUAAACGAUCA